UUGAUUUUGCUUCAAAAGAUGGUGAACUUAGGGUCUUCAUUGUUGCUGGGGAGGUUUCUGGUGAUAUAAUUGGUUCACGUGUAAUGACUUCUUUGAUAAAGCUUUCUCCUUUCCCUGUACAUUUUGCUGGUGUUGGAGGGACCGCAAAACGGGACAGACAAUUGGCAUAGGACAUGAAUCACAAGGCCUUUACCAUCUUACCUCUUCAAAUUCUUUCACAGCAUGCUCCGCAACAGAUCCUCUGGACCUUAUUCACAAACGUUUAGGACAUCCGAAUCUAUUCAAGCUACAAAAGAUGGUGCCUAGUUUGUCUAGUCUAUCCACAUUAGCUUAUGAGUUGUGUCAACAUGGGAAACACAUCCGUGCUACAUUUUCACGUAGUAUUGAGAGUCGCUCAGAGUCUAUUCUCUUAUUAGUUCAUUUUGAUAUUUGGGGUCCUAGUAGAGUCAGUUCACCCUUAGGAUUUCGUUACUUUGUUACUUUCAUCAAUGAUUUUUCUAGAUGUACUUGGGUUUCCUUGAUGGAAGAUCGUUCCGAGUUAUUCUCUAUAUUCAAAGGUUUUUGUGUUGAAAUACAAAAUCAAUUUGGUGUUUCUAUUCGUGCUUUUUGUAAUGAUAAUGCCUUAGAAUACUUAUCCUCCCAGUUUCAAGAGUUUAUGACUCACCAAGGAAUCAUUCACCAGACUUCAUGCCCAUACACCCCUCAGCAGAAUGGUUUAACAGAAAGGAAAAAUAGGCAUCUCAUUGAGACUGCUCGCACUCUUCUCAUUGAAUCCCAUGUUCCGCUACGUUUUUGGGGCGAUACAGUCCUCGCAUCUUGCUAUCUCAUUAAUAGAAUGCCAUCAUCUUUGAUUCAGAACCAGGUUCCCCAUUCCAUACUAUUUCCUCAGUCACAUCUCUAUUAUGUCUCCCCUUGUGUUUUUGGGAGCACAUGUUUUGUUCAUAACUUAGCCUGAGGAAAAGAUAAAUUAGCCCCUCGUGCUCUCAAAUGUGUCUUCCUUAGUUACUCUCGAGUUCAAAAAGGAUAUCAAUGAUAUUCACCUGAUCUGGGUUGCUACCUUAUGUCCGCUGAUGUUACAUUCUUUGAAUCUCAACCUUACUAUACAUCUUCUGAUCAUCUUAAUAUUUUUGAGGUUUUAUCCAUACCUCUAAUCUUACCCACACUAAUGUUUGAGGAAUCUACGAUUACUUCUCCAUUGCCAGCUACAGUGCCACCACUUUUGACUUAUCACUGCCGCCCACGUCCAACAUCAGUCCCAGAUGAUCCAUGUCAUAUGCCUGAUGCUUCCCCUACUGCGGACCUGUCUUCUUCUGGCCAAUCAGUUGCACCUUAAAAAGAUAUAAGAUCCACUCGUAAUGUUAACCCACAUUAUAUUUUCUUAAGUUAUCAUCGUUUGUCAUCACCCCAUUAUGUUUUUGUAUCAUCUUUGUCCUCUGUUUCCAUCCCUAUGACUACAGAUGAAGCACUUUCUCAUUCAGGAUGGAAACAGGCUAUGAUUGAUGAGAUGUUUGCUUUACACACUAGUGGUACUUGGGAGCUUGUUUCCUUUCUUGCAGGUAAAUCUACUGUUGAUUGCCGCUGGGUUUAUACAGUCAAAGUUGGUUUGGAUGGUUAGGUUGAUCGACUGAAGGCUCGGCUUGUUGCCAAAAGAUAUGCACAGAUAUUUGGGCUUGAUUACAGUGACACUUUCUUUUCCGUGGCUAAAAUAGCACCAGUUCGUCUUUUUAUCUCUAUGGCUGUCGUUCGCCAUUGGCCUUUUUAUCAAUUGGACAUUAAGAAUGCUUUUAUGCAUGGUGAUCUUGAGGAAGAAGUCUAUAUGGAGCAGCCACCUAGUUUUGUUGCUCAAGGGAGUCUAGUAGCCUUGUAUGUCGAUUGCGCAAGUCACUUUAUGGUUUGAAACAGUCCCCUCGAGCCUGGUUCGAAAAGUUUAGCACAGUGAUUCAGGAGUUUGGCAUGAUUCAUAGUGGAGUUGAUCAUUCAAUGUUUUAUCGCCAUUCUGAACCAAAUCUGUGUAUUUAUUUGGUGGUUUAUGUUGACGAUAUUGUUGUCACCGGCAAUGAUCAAGAUGGUAUUACUAACUUGAAGAAACAUUUCUUUCAGCAUUUCCAGACUAAAGACCUUGGCAGACUGAAAUACUUUCUAAGUAUUGAAGUUGCUCAGUCCAGAUCAGGUAUUGUUAAUUGUCAAAUCAAGUAUGCUUUAGACAUUCUUGAGGAGACAGGAAUGAUGGGAUGUCGAUCCAUUGAUACUCCUAUGGAUCCAAAUGCUAAACUUCUAUCAGGACAAGGAGAGCCACUCAGUGAUCCUGGAAGGUAUAGGCAGUUGGUUGGAAAGUUGAAUUAUCUCACAAUGACUAGACCUGACAUCUCUUUUCCUGUGAGUGUGGUAAGUCAAUUUAUGACUUCCCCCCGUGAUAGUCAUUGGGAUGCAGUUGUUCGUAUUUUGCGAUAUAUAAAGACAUCUCCAGGUAAAGGUCUACUCUUCGAGGAUCGAGGCCAUGAGCAUAUCAUUGGAUAUACAGACGCUGAUUGGGCAGGAUCACCCUUUAAUAGACGUUCUACAUCUGGAUAUUGUGUUUUAGUAAGAGGUAAUUUGGUGUCCUGGAAGAGUAAGAAACAGAGUGUGGUUGCUCGAUCUAGUGUCGAAGCAGAGUAUCGAGCAAUGGCUGCAGCAACUUGCGAGCUGAUUUGGAUCAAACAAUUGCUGAGAGAAUUAAAAUUUGGCGAAAAUAGUAAGAUGAAACUUGUAUGUGAUAAUCAGGCAGCCCUUCAUAUUGCAUCUAAUCCAGUAUUCCAUGAGAGGACCAAGCACAUAGAGAUUGAUUGUCACUUUGUCAGGGAAAAGAUACUCUCGGUAGAUAUUGUUACAGAAUUUGUAAAGUCAAGAGAUCAACUUGCAGAUAUCUUCACCAAGUCUUUCACCAGUCCUCGUAUUAAUCAUAUUUGUAGCAAGCCAGGAAUAUGAUGUCUAAGCAAGGGUUGAACCCUUUGUUUCCAAUGGAGGAUAUUGCAGUAAUGGGCAUUUGGGAGUUGCUGCCAUAUCUUAAUCAGUUUAGGGUUAGGCUCAAACAAACUAUAGAAGCUGCUCUUUCUUUUAAUCCUCAUGUCAUACUCACUGUGGACGCUAAAGGAUUCUCCUUCCGUUUCCUAAAGCAUUUGAGGGCUACGUGUGUUCAACAGGGGAUGGUUAGCCCUCUGCACUUCCAUUAUGUAGCACCAUCAUUUUGGGCCUGGAAAGGUGGUGAAGCAAGGCUCAAAGGACUUCUUCAGUUUGUGGAUCAUGUACUAUGCAUUCUUCCAUUUGAGGCAGAAGUCUGUAGAUCAAAUGGCCUGGCAGCAACCUUUGUUGGUCAUCCCACCCUUGAAGAUAUUCCGGAAUUCCAGCGGAAGGAUGCUACUGAAAGAAGAUACAGAAUUGAAGGAAAUGCUGAAUCAUUUCUAACUGAACAUGGAAUAUCAUCGAGAUCUCCAGUUAUUUCCUUGCUUCCUGGAAGUAGAUUACAGGAGGUUACUCGGAUGUUCCCAAUAUUUUCAAAAACUGUGGAGCAAUUAAAAGGUUCUUUUCCGAACUUGGUAGCAGCAGUUCAUGUGGCACCUAAUCAAAAUGUGGAAGACUACAUCAGUAAAGCUGUUAGUAAGUUGCCACCAUCUGUUGUAUUGGUUUCUGGAGGAUCACAUCAGAUGAAAUACAAUUCAUUUAGUGCUAGCAGUGUAGCUCUAUGUACUUCGGGUACGGUUGCAAUGGAGAUGCAACUUGCACGACUACCAUGUGUUGUUGCAUAUCGAGCCCAUCUCCUGACAGAAUGGGUUAUACGAUACAAAGCUAUUAUACCUUAUAUCUCUAUUCCUAAUAUUCUAUUGGAUUCAGCUGUAAUCCCUGAAGUUCUAUUUCAGGAAUGCACGCCCUCAAAAUUGGAGUCAUUGCUCAAGAAUUUAUUACUUGAUGAAAACCUUGGGGAAAAACAAAUCAAUGCUGCUGAAAAGGUUAUUAAGCUGCUAAGACCUCCAGAGACGAGUUUUGGUUGCUCAACCCUGGGGGAGAUGAGGAUUCCUAUUUCUGAUUGUACACCAAGUAUGGUUGCAGCAAAUGCAAUACUGUAUUAUCAGAGGAAGGUGGAAUAAUAUGUUCGCUUCAAAUUCAGCAGCUGUGAUGAGCGAAUUGGUAAUAAGAUGCAAGCGGAGAGUUCUGGAGGUUAGCAUGAAGCUGAAAGGCAGUUGAAUCAUUUCAGUCGUGGGUUAUUUUUCAACUUUUUGUCAGUUGAUUUCCUUCCUCAGUUUUCAGUUGCAUAUAGCAAUCUCAAGUUGUAUCUGAAAGCUGUGUGAAAUAGUUAAUGAAAGUUUUCCGGUCUUGGACGA